AUGUCAGAGCCCUCCGUGGGCUCGUACCGCCUCGUUCACCAUCCAAAUUAUCUAUAUGACCGAACCACGUACGCCGACUUUUGCCACGCCCCACUAACAUUCCUUCUCUCGCUAAAGACCAUGGCCGACAGUGACGAAAGCUGGAGGCUGCAGAUUCCGCAAAUCUCUGUGACAGCCAACGCCGAUGAAGCUCUCCAAGAUUCAAACGACGCAGGAGUAGCUGGUGCUGGGGAUCGAGACCUCCCAUGUGGGCUACUUUCGCCGACUUCUGUUGUGCUCGUGGACGAUCAUCCAACCCAAGCAUCCAAUGGUCGAAACUCGUCUUUACUUUGCUCACCACUCUCUCUCUCCACCAUUCCAGAGGUCAAGGCUGUAGCGACAGAUGAGCAAGUCGGUGCUUCACCUACCUCCUUGGCCAAGCCGGACGACAAGCCGGACGAUAUUCCACCAUCUACACCGCCCUCUCCGACGUUCACCGAUGGUGAAUCCGAGGAUGGCAGGCACUUCCCCACAACCCUUGUACUACGAGACAGCAGACCCGACGAGAACAUCCAGCUCCCACUUGUCGUCGAUCCGAACACCAAGAAUCUUCGUCUCGUCGACGAUGGGAAGACCAGUGUGGAAGAUCUGAACCUGAAGGCUGCGCUGGAGAGAGACGGACUCCCAGUUGAUUUUGGGAAGAAGACGCAAUCGACUCCUAAACCUCUGCGACCCGUGUAUGACGACGCAAAUGAUACAACCGAUCCGACGCCGUUCACUUUCAAGCCUAUGUCUCUUGCUCGAAUGUUCGAUCCAAAGGACAUUGAUGCCCUGAUUCAAUUUGAAGGCACUCCUGGGAUAAUAGAGGGGUUGUGCACGAGUCCGUCCCGCGGUAUCACAACUAUCGAACCACCAGAGGAUGCGCGACCAAAGAUCCGGACGAAUACGAAGAAGGAACUCGAGGCACCCAAUGAGAGCGACGAGAAGCUCCCUGCCAUUCUACUUACCGGUCCAACCCCGAGUGGCAGUGGAGGUGAUGCACCGUACGUCCCAUUAGCGGAAAGAAGGAGAGUUUAUGGAGACAAUAUAAUCCCAAUAUGGCCGCCGCCGGCGCUAAUCACGGUCAUUUGGCGGAGUUCGACGAAGUCUGUGAUCCUUUUCUCUGCCUCGAUAUCCAUCGCUCUGACACUUAAUCUCGUCUCGAAAACACCUGGACAUUCCGUUCGAUGGGCGCAAUACACUGCGUGUUUGGUUCUCCUAAUGCUCAUCAUACUCUCCAGCUCGAUCAGUAAUUGGUGGAUGGGUCUGCUAUCCCACCGGGUUGAGAGAUGUUGUGAAGAGAGAGGGGUCAGAGUUAUACGGGACGGCGUGGAAGCCAUAAUCGAUGCUAAGGACCUUGUUGUCGGUGAUCUCGUACUCCUCGAGCCAGGAGAGGUUAUCCCUGCAGAUGGAAUUUUUAUCUCUGGACAUGGCGUUCGUUGUGACGAAUCCGCAUGUACGGGAGAAAGCAACACGAUUCGAAAAAUUUCUUACGCGGAGAUGCUCGAGCUGUACCACCGAACCGCUGCGAGAGGCCAAGAUCCCAAUAGUAGUUGCACUGACUGUUUUCUCCUCUCCGGAAGCGUUGUUCUUGAGGGGACCGGGAAGUAUAUUGUAGCAGCCGUCGGAAAAAGGAGUUUCAAUGGCCGAAUAAUGCAAGCUCUCCGCAGAGAGCUCGAGGAUACUCCACUUCAGAAAAGAAUCCACCAACUAACUAGGCGACGGAGGAUUCUCGCACUCCUCGUGGCUAUAUCUUUCUUCUGCUCUAUGAUGAUCAAGUUUUUCAUUCACCUUGCGCACGAGUCAGAUCGAACUCCGAUGGACAACGGCCGCUCUUUCUUGGCAAUUUUCAUUCUUGUGCUCGGGAUGGCGUCCUUCAUCGGUCAGUCCCUAGGCAUAUCACGUCCUGCUGACAUCAUACUCGUGCUCUCUAGAAGGCGAAUGAUGAGGGAUAAUAUUCUCCUUCGGGGUCUUGCCGCGGCUGAAACGAUGGCUAGGACUACUGUCAUUUGCGCUGACAAGACUGCAGUCCUGACGCAAGGUUGCCUCAAGGUUGUGGCUGGUGCAUUUGGGACUACUGCCAUGUUUUGGCGCUACCCCGACGAACAUGCCAUACGGUCAGACACAAACGAAGAGUCAGACGCGGCGGGGAUCUUCACCUUUGACCUAGCUAGGCUCGACACCGUUCUCCUUCCCCACCUUCGAACUCUAAUCCACGACAACCUCGCUUUGGGCGCUCGGUUGGUUUGGACGUAG